AUGUCUUCUCCAGAAAUUUUAUCGCCGGUUUCCACCUCAUGCAUCGGGAAUAGUACAUCUCGUGGUUCUCAAAUAGCUUUAGCCGACUCAUCAUCUCCCUCUCCUCAAAGUUUUGACAAAGCCAAACGUGCUGAAAUUCAAUCGAUGCUCAAAACUAGGCCCAAUGAAUAUAUUAUCAUUGAGAACACGGGCAAGCACACGUCUAAUUGUUGGACGUUGUUUGAGUUUCCUGCGAUCAACAACAUCAACGGCGAUGCUGGACGGAUUAAUGGAUUUGUUUCAUGCAGGAAGUGCUUUGGCAUAUAUUCAUUCAUAUCAAACAGUACUAGAUUUCUCAAUCAGUACGAUUGUGAAGGCUCAAAAGAACGAAAUAAGAGAUUGGCAUCGAAUGGAACAUUAUUAUCCCGACGAUGUUUAACAACUUUUUUCUCAGGGCAACCGCCGAUUUUAAAGACAUCUGAAAUUUUGAAGAUAAAAGAUUUACAAGCAGAAUGGAAAUGUAUCUGUAUCGGCGCUCGUCAUGAUUGCAUUGAUGUAGUCGCUGCACACGUAUUCAAACUUGCUGGCCAGCAUCGUGUUCAGAUCGGUGAAGAGCUAGUUGAACCUCUCGCGAGUGAUGCUGUUGCAUUUUGUCCCUAUCUGCGGAGCGAUUCUAUUCAUCAAAUUUUUGAUCUUGGAAUUGCUGCCGCACUUGUGAAUGACGAGUUCGAAUAUAGAUCGUACGAUCUUUGUUGUUCUCCAUUUGAAGAAGAUGAUAAGACUGCUGCAAGAGUCGUCGUGGCGUUAGGCAAAGUAUUAGAACGAUUCAACAUCAAUGAUUUAUCUCUUCUUAAAUUUGUUAUGGAUCGCGAGUCAACAGAUGAAAAUGCAACCGACUCAAGAGAUCUAUUUAGUUGUAAUGCAUUGCAUGACGACAUUUCAAAAACAAAAGUUAAAUAUCUACCUCAUUCUGCUCGUGAAGUGUUGAAAGUUCUCAACAGUUGCAAAAAUCUCGUAAAAUAUGCCAAACUGAAUGGAUUGAGUGAAGAUAUUCAAUCUGCCGGUGAUGUUAGUUUGUGUCAAUCCAGUAAAAUCCGUUGGCUUUCAAUAAUGAAAUUAUUAGAAUCAAUUGACCGCUCUUUCAAAGAAACAAAAAAGAUUUUGCUGGAAAAGAAGAAGUUGCUUGUAAUCAAUCGAUUGAUUAUUGAGCACCCUGUAUAUUUAUUACGUCCAUUCAAACACAUUAUAGUCAUUGCGCAAAAAGGGAAGGAUCCAUCACUGUACCUAGUUCUUAUUUGUGUUAUGGCUUCACGUAAAACAUUAAGUUCAUUCGAAGAUUUGAUCGAUUUUAACAAAGAAAACGACGCGCACGACAAUGUGUCAGCAACAAAAAAAGAGAGUGAUGAUGAUCAAGAUGAUACCGAAGCCGAACAGUCAGAUGGGAUUCGAUUCUUUCGACUUCGUUUACUUGAAUUAUUGAAAAACAUGUUUGUCUUGGAACCCAUUCACUAUGUUGCAGCAUUUCUUCAUCCAAGAUACAGAUAUCUUCACAGAUGCUCAAACGAUCAAAUUAAUUCUUGCAAAAGCCACAUCCGAAGAGAAUUUAAACAAAUAGCUGACCGAGAAAAGAUAAAACGUUUGUUUUCAAUUCGAGAGAAAGAUCCAGCAAGUCAACGCGAAGUUAGAGAGGAACCACCGCCAAAGAAGAGAAAAGAGUUGGCCAUGAAUAUGAAAGCGGGAACCACAGCGACGAAUGCGACAAACUUGAUGAUAAGGAAGAAAUCGACAAGUAUUUGUCAAUGCAUACCGAUCCCGAGCUGA